AUAAUAGCUAAGAUUCUGUUUCAGCAAAGUUUCUGCGUGAAUCACGAGUAACCGUCGACCUCUGUGUUGUCCUUGCGCGGGAACCUUAUCAAGUCCUCCCUCUAGAGUCCUGUCUGGGAGUUUGGGAAAGACCGCAACGAACUGUGAGCUGCGGAACUACGCCCAGACCGAACAAGUUGCGGAAAACGGUGGAGGCGCCGUGCGAUUUUUUUUCUCGUAGUCCACUGAUGCCAAUUGCGUUUCGUUUCGAAUUGACACAUGCUUUUCUCAGCCAUCUACUCGUGCGUGGGCAGAAUAUGUUCUUGUCUUAAAACGCUGCCACAGAGUCCUAGAAAUUGAGCGAGUUUCUCCACUCCCGGAACCCAAGUUGGGGUGGUUCUGAAGGACGCUGUUGCGUACUGCUUUUGCCUGCGGUUUUGCGGGGGGCAGUUUGCCUGAAAUCAACUGUGGCAUUUGUCCAGAAACAAACCUCUUUAAGAACUUGCUGUGUUAUCCGCACCACAUUUUUCCGGUGACAAUAGGGGACUCCUUCAGUGCUUGCCUCCACGGUUUUCUGCGGCCGACUCUGAGGAACCCCGACUGAAUCCGGUCACUGUUAACCCGUAGUCUGCCCAUCACUACGAAAGACGUUUCGUUCGUCCUUUUUCCAUUAUGCCGCCCGCAAAAGUGACGUUCAAGGUCUCCGGGGGGAGCCAGUUUGUUCUCGAACUGGAACCUGAGUGGACUGUCAAGCAGGUCAAGGAGAAAUGCGCUACUCAAACUGAAAUUCCGGUCCAGGCUCAACGUCUCAUCUACAAAGGACGGAUCCUUAAGGACGCCGACUUAAUUUCUACACAUGAUGUCCAAGACGGACACAUCAUUCACUUGGUGAAGAGCGCAGCCGCAGUUGCGGCUUCAUCCAACAAUGCGCCAGCUGGCGGAUCCUCUUCUGCCUCGCAACCCAGUUCCGAUUCGUCUGCUGCUCGGACAUCAAGCACCAACACCAGCGCUGCUGCCUCGGCGCCCCCUCUUCCGAACCCGACUGCGGACCCUUUCUUGCAGAUGUUUAUGCGAGGAGGUAUGGGUGCAGGCAUGCCUGGAACCGGAAUGCCAGGCGCACAGGACAGCACAUCAGGGAUGCCUGGAAUGCCUGGGCUGCCACCGGACAUGAAUCCAGACACUCUUAUGCAGUUGAUGCAGAGCCCUCUGUUGCAGCAAACCAUGCAGAACCUGUCUCAGAACCCCCAGAUGUUGCGAACGAUGAUGGAAAGCAAUCCCAUGCUGCGACAGAUGAUGCCGAUGAUGCAAAACGUCUUGGACAAUCCUGAGCUGCUGCGAACGUUCCUCAAUCCCCAGAUGAUGCAGGCGUCCCUUCAAAUGCAACAGGCGAUGCAAAACAUGCAGCGUGCGCAGCAGAGCACUGCUCAAGGCGACGGCUCAUCAGGUGCAGGUGCCACUGCGACCCCGGGUGCAGGAUUAGGUGCUGGAUUGGGAGGGGUGCCUGGAGCAACAGGUGGUGCAGGACAGCCCGAUUUAAUGUCGAUGAUGCAACAGGCACAGCAGAUGCUUCAACAGAACCCCGAACUCAUGAGCCAGAUGAUGAACGUCUUUGGCAAUGGCGGAGUUUCUGGGGGAAUGCCAGGCGCCAAUCCAUUCAUGGGAGGAUUUGGAAGCAUGGGGAGUUUCGGGAGCAUGCCGGGUAACCCUGCCGCAGACACACGACCGCCGGAGGAACGGUUUGCCCGGCAGCUCGAGUCCCUCAGAGAAAUGGGUUUUAUUGACAGGGACGCAAAUAUCCAGGCACUGCAGGAGACAGGCGGAGACGUGAAUGCUGCCAUUAGUCGCCUGCUAGAGCGGGGAAUUGGCAACUAGGGAAGCUGCAUCAUACCGUGCGGAUCGGUACUAUCCAUAUCACCUUCCAAGCGCCGACGUUGUUACCCUUGGGUGUGCUUGGACUGGUACAAACCAAAGGCUGUAUUGCGCUGUAUUUCUGUGUUUCGUUGUGUCGAUACUGGCGGUUCUUGUAGCAAUAUCGGGGGUUUGGAUGCAGUCUGAAACACGCUUGGGGUUGGCUGGUGUACACACGAGCGAAUUGAUUGUUCGAGACCAACAGUACCGCCAGUGAAAAUAAUGAGCUGUGUCCUGUUUAUGUCAGCCAAGACAUGCAAACGAAGGUAUUCAACAGUGAGGAGUAAUCACUGAAAGGUUUUGUGGAAGACUGCCCGACUCUUGGUUGAAAAAAGCCGUGGACUGUGGGAGGAGAUUGACCUUUCAAGAAACGCCGGCAGAAACCAGAGGAUUCAUACGAGUGGCACAUGAGUGCAUUAAAGGACACAUCCCUCCAGUCGAUCAGACGGAUCGCGCAGAAAUGUCCGUUUACUUGCAGUUUACGUCUAGUUGAUCCGUUAAAAAUUCACAACCGGACGGUAUGAAGUCGCAGACCAACACACAGUAAGGGGGAUGAUUCACCUCUCAUAAAAUGUUCUCAAGGGCGGCGGCGAUCUUCAGGUGAUGACGUUUAGCUCGAUGCCCUUGAACCUAAUCCAAGAACGAUGUCUUAAAAAAAACGCAGUUCGGCGAGGGCCUGUUGUGCCAGAGUCGCAAAACACACAAAAGCACCUGCCAUGGUUAUAUCAUGCCCUGGGCAUUAAAGAUAAACUCGACAAGCAGCAUUGCGACCUUGCGAGCUAGUGUCGCACGUCGAAACAAUCGUGAUCCGUGUCGACGGUGAACUGACUAUACAAAGUAGUGGCAACCAGGUGCACUGUCGUCAUUUCGCGAUGUCAAAACCACCGCAUGCGCAAAGAAACCAUCGCAAACCGUGCACAAAGCUAACCCAUCAGAUUCGUCCACUCGCCGCGAAUAUAUCUAGACAGAAGAAGGAAAUAUAAAGGUGUCAGUGUCGGCCACAACAAAGGUUGGCAGUCUGAUGGUGAACCGCGGCGCGAAUAUACACUGCAAAGCAUACUCGAUGCACGUCACUCGCCCCGUAGAAGAUUCCACAUUGCCCCUCCGGAAGAACGGAUCGCAAAAACAUCCGCCCAUUAGUAUGCCACCCGAACGGGAGCUCUUUUUGCCACAACUGAUUACCACGUUGCGUUCAGCGUCAACCCAAUAUGGUCCGAUUACGCCACCUCCUAUAUCGCUCCACAGCUUACCGCGCUGCAGACUUGGUGAACAUGUCGCUGAUUCAUUUGUCCCUUGCCGGGACAGCAACCUGCUCCCUGUACACGAGAUGGAUCAUCUCCAGAACUGUUCAAUGAAUCACGUGUUCCAGCUUUCCUCUGCCUGAUCUUGAGUUGUUGGCGGUGCCGUUCAUGCUGCUGGCUCUUCGUGCAACGCAUCCGUGCAGUUUUAGUCCUCUUCGGGGCAAACUUCGACAAGAACUUCUUCUCCAUAUAUGCCUCAACGAGUUUUUUCAUCGAUGCAGCUCUAGCUUCGUCAGUGGAAGCGCUAUCUUUUUCUCUACGUUUCCCCGGGAGACUGGCGCAUGCGGAGCCCUUCUUGUUUUGCUUCACCGCCUCUGAGGAGUGAGACGGAGAAGCUCCCACAUGUUUUGUGCCUCCAUCUCUCCCCCUCGCUGUUGACAAAGAUUUAUUCGACAUCGAUACAUUAGCAUAUGCUCAAAAAGGUAGUAAGAACCAAACGAAGUGGGGAAAAUGU